AUGCUGAAAAAUCGCGUUCGCAGCCAAAAAGUGCUUGUAGGUAGUAGCAGAAUGAACAUAAAGGAGACCGAUAGGUACUUGCCCAUAGCCAAUGUUGGUAGAGUAAUGAAGAGCGCAUUACCACCCCAUGCCAAGCUCUCAAGGGAGUCUAAAGAAUGUAUACAAGAGUGCGUAUCUGAGUUCAUAUCGUUCGUUACAAGCGAAGCAGCUUAUAAAUGCAGUUUGGAGAAAAGAAAAACCCUUAACGGUGAAGACAUACUCUGGUCCAUGAACUCUCUUGGUUUCGAUAGUUACGCAGAAGCGCUUAAAAUCUACUUGGUGAAAUUUAGGCAGUACGAAUUUGAAGCUAAUUUAAAGUCAGAACCCCAAGAUGAUGACUUUCUUAUAUACUUGAGCGAAAACGAAUGA